CUCUCAUCCAAAGCGCGUUAAUCAGAUGCAAUUCACAAGGUUGUCUGUUUGGCAUUGUUCUAUGAGAGGCUAUCUGGAAUAUGGUGACUUAAGUUUAAUAUAAGUUUCGUGCAUAUCAUUUAAUUGUUAUCAAAUAUUCAUGCAUAUUUUGCACUUUCAAAGCAAUGGAUCGACUUGUACGCAAAAUAAAUACUAGUCCAAGAUCAAAAAGAAAAACAUUUGUGCAAACAGCCGACAACUUUGGUGUACCUCUCAAAGUUUUACUUGAGAGAGACUGUAUAAAACCUGUCCCUCGUAUCGUCAAAAAUAUUUGUGAAUACCUUCUGACUAAUGGGCUAAAUGCCCAAGGAAUUUUUCGCAUCAAUGGAAGUGCAAAAUUAAUCGAAGCACUUAAGAGUACUUUUCAGAUAUCGGCAGCCGACGAUUUGUAUUCAAUAGGAAAUGUUGACAUAUACGCAUUAGCAGGAGUUUUAAAGCUGUUCCUUCGGGAACUUCCUGAUGGACUUGUGUCAGAAAAACAUGGAGUUAAGUGUAUAAAGAUUGCCAAAGAAUACGCAACUGAUGAAAACAUGUACAUUUUUAAACUACAAAGUGUAUUAUGUACAUUGGGGCAUGAAAACUAUGAGCUGUUAAAAUAUUUGUGUCGGUUUUUGAACAAGAUAGCUGAAAAUGAACCGGUCAACAAAAUGUCAUAUAACAGUUUAGGAAUAAUCUUUGGACCCUGUGUAUUUCGAUGCAGCUUAGAUGUACAGGUUCUGAAAAAUCAGGGCUUGACAAAUUGUGUAAUGACUUCACUCAUCCAACAUGCGGAUGCCAUAUUUGUCCACCAUCAUAAAAAUGAUUUCCUUGUAUUGGAUCGCUUAUUUAAACUACCCGAAAUUGUCUCCAACUCAGCUUUACCCAAUUUCGAAGAUCGAGUCCAGUCAUCGUGUGAUACCUUAUCGGGUGUAGGUCGCAUUUCUAGCGCAACAGCUGUUGAAAGUCCCAAUGAAAACGAGGUAUUAAGUCUGUCAAAAACAAUGCCGUUGAUUUCUCAAAAUUCAGCCAAUCCUCACAAUCUGGAGAUGCAUCACCAAGUGGAGGUGUUGCCUGACUAUUCUCCGUGUAAACCGAAGAUUUCACGGACAAAUGUUAAUCCUGCCAGACCGGGUUCGCUGCAUGAUAUUUCACUUCAGGAUAAAGGAUUUUCUCUUACAAAUUCUCCAGAUUGUUAUUCCACACGACUAAAUCAAGACAAAGAAGUUGCUGUAACUCCAUCAACUUCAUCUACAACUAGCCCAGUCACUUUUGAUAUUUCUAAUACUCCAACUUAUACGAGUCGAAGCAACUCUGUUUCGCAUGAUGAAACGGUGAAUACUGGAGGGAUUUCAGAUUCAGAUGCAGAUGCAGAAGAACUUUAUAAAAAGACUCCUGAACAACUGGCCUUAGAUAUUACGGAUAUUAUUACAUCUUUCGCAGCAGGAACUUCUGUAGAAGCGUGGUGUUCCCAGUCUCAAUCACAAUCGGACAAUUAUUAUAAUUCUUCAGCUCAGGUGUCGAAUUGUAACAGUAAAUCUGACUAUAUUUCACAAGAAUCAGACGAAAGAUUGCCUAUUUCAGGUUUAUCCUCACAAUCACAAAACACACCUAACGAAUUGGUUGACUCUUAUAAUGCCAGUAAUUCUACCAAAUUAAGAAGGAUUUCUAGCCAGAGGAAGUAUUCCACUAAACAAUCUGAUCUAAAUCUAAUCACCACUUGGAAUUCUAUGCCUUCUAUAGAAAAGAAUACAACAGAAACCUUAGUCCAGUGUACAGAUAUCAUUUUACCAGUAAACGAUGAAACCUAUGAGAAAUUUGAUAUUCCCUGCCAAAUGCCAAGGUCGGUCGCAACAAAUUCUGCCACAAAUACAUGUGAAUUUUCACCAAGUUCUUUCCAGAUGGAAAAUAAGCAGGAUGCUGAUUUGGGCACAGAAGAGAUGACAGAUCUUUCACAUCUAUCCCAUAUGCCUACUGUGGAGUCAGGUCGUUACUGUGAUCUGCCAGAUGCCAAUAAUUUGAAUGAGUCGUCUCCUAGAACUCAGAUAUCUCCACGUAUUUCAGAGUGUAGUUUGACUCAAGCUAUAAAUCAGUGUUUGGACACUCACAUGUUUUCCUUCAAACAACAGAUCCCACCUUCUCCUUGCCACUCUGGUAGUCUUCCUGAUUCACUAAACAACACUACUCAUGUGGUUUCUAGUCAUAUAAACUCCGUUCCUGUGUCAGCUAAGCCCAAGUCACCUAAACUGUAUCAUUCAGAAAAGCUACUUCAUGCCUCUCGUAAUCGUCUUCCUGAUGCUGUUGGCAUUAACCGUGCUUAUGAUUCCAGCAGUAUAAUCAAGGCUGAUCAACAGGAACGUUCUUUACCUUCUAGACAUUCCUUCCACUGUGCUACACUCUUAAUGCCCCUUCGAAGUAGUGUUGUACAUCAAAUAAAAAAGUAUAAUCAAAGUGCACCGACAAGUCCGAUAGUGGUUAACCCAAAUGCUUCUUUUACAUUCGAGAAAAAAUCAAAACUUCUUGAUGAAUAUCCUAACAAACCACCGGAUUCAUUCCUCCGUGAAUUGCCAGUUCAUCAGUCAAACACUCCAUCUGCUCUGGAUCCACAAAUCGAAGGCUUAAAGAAAUCUGCUGCGAAUUGCCAAGCACUUCCUCUUCCUGAAUUAUUCGAGGUAGAAACAAACCAAAAACUAAAACAACAAAAUUCACUAGGCAAUCGAUCAUUACAAAGUCCAAAUGAUGAAAAUGAGAUAUGCGAUAACCUGCUUGGAAAUCAGCCUGCUAAAUCACAUGCUUCUAUUAGACAAACAAUAAAUCCUAAUAGUCAGAAAAAUGCUUUCAUCAUCAACAGUACACUUGUAGGUGGUUAUUCCAAAAAACACUUGAAGGAAAAAGCUGAUCCUCCCAUGGAGUUGGAGUCAAUCCCCUGUUUGUCAAACAAAAGUCACAGUUUGUCAGCAGUGAAUAGCCGGUCAGACUUGUACAUAGAAAGCCGGUUGUUGUCUCCUAGACUACGGCAUAAAUAUAAGUCAAUGCAGCAAUUGAUGAAUAGAGAUGAUGAGAUAUCAAGGCUGACGAAAAUACCGUCGAAUGUUAAGCUGGCCACUGAGGGAAAGAAAUCACCGACUACCACCACCACCACCACCACCUGUAUGCUACACACCUCCAAGGAGGAGGAUACAUUAUUAUCCCCUGUUGAAAAUAAAUCAGAUCGUGCCCAGUGUGAAUCAAGUAUUCCCUUACAGCAUUCAAGGCUGGUUAGACGAGUGAAAUCGUUCACCUCGAAUAAUCAACCGUCAAGUAAAGUUCGUUCACUUAUCGUGAGGAAGUAUUCUGCAGUAUCCUCGGCGAAAUCAGUGGCACGAAAUUUUUUGAAAACUGUCGAUGGUGAUGAUGAUAAUAAUGUUGAUAAUUCAGGCAUGAAACAGCUGAAGACACCGCUUGUAUCGCUUGAAUCAUUUUAUGAUCUGUUAUGUGCUGUCCUGUCUGAACAACGAAGAUGUUGUGGUCGUCCUGAGCAUUUGAGUGAAAUGAACUGGGAUCAAAUUGAACAAGAGAAAUUCGACAUACAAAAGGGUCUUUUAUACUUUGAAGGUCUUUACGGUCGACCAAAAACACCAAAAUCUAAACGAAUCAUGAAACCAGUAUAUGAACGAUAUCGUCAAGUUAAACGCUUAGUGGCAAGCCGACACGGUGGCAGCCUACUUGGAGUGAAUAGUCAGUUUCCAUUCGGAAAAGAUUUAUCCCAUUUAAAAAUCGUAUCUACGAAUGAUGUUGAUGAAAAAUUGACAAAUAAUCAGUUGCCAUUGUUAGUUUCUGAUGAAUUGAUGAAACUUCUCGGCACUCCGACACGUACACCUGAAGCACUUUUACUCGACAAUAUUCAAGAUGAUAUGGACUCAGAUUCUGAUUUCAGCGUGUCUCAAUGUGUAAAUAAGUGUGAAAAACCUGCCCCGCCGCCUGUAGAAGAGUCUAAUCAACCGGAUGUUGUUUUAAAAUCUUCUGACAAUCAUAACUUGUUAACUGAUGACAAUCAAAGCGCGAGAUUCGCUUUUAAAUCGAAUUGUCGUAGAUCUCUUAUGCGACCGAAUGAUCGAGAAAUUCAGCUAUUUUAUAAACAAAUAUGUUCAUUAACUCCUAUGGAAUUGUACAGUGAAAAGAAGAAUAUUUUAUUAAAGAAGCAUAUUGUACAAACUGAACUAGUGGAGUAUGAAAAUAAUAUCCAGCGUUUAUUAGGUCGUAAACCGACUCGAACAGAACGUGAACCAAUACGUGAAAAAUACGAAGUCUAUGCUCUAAUUAAACGUCAACUGAAAGCUAUUGAUUCUUGUUUAAACCUGUGCUCAUCAGAUUUGAUCAAUAUACAAUGUGAUAGCAAUAACAGUAAUAACAAUAAUAACACUAACAAUAAUAACGAUAAUAAUUGUAUGGAAUAA